GACCCGGCUCUUUCCAAAGCCGGCCGCGCAACCGCUCGUUCAGUCACGAGAGAAGAAAGCCUAGAGAGGAGAGGAGGAGCAGCGCACACUCUUUAGACCUAGAGCCAUCGACCCUAGAACGCACACAAACUGCUACUAUACAUAAGACACACUCUCUAUCCAAGAUGGCGACGCUGUCGCUUAAGAUCUCCCUGGAGGGGGGUAAAGUGGUGAAGACUAUCCAGUUCGACCCUUCCACCAGCGUGUACGACGCCUGCCGCAUCAUUCGGGAGAAGAUCCUGGAGGCCAAUGCUAACGAUCCAAAAGAGUAUGGGCUAUUUUUGGCGUCAGAAGAGGACAACAAGAAGGGUAUCUGGUUAGAAGCGUCCAGAAGCUUGGAUUACUACAUGCUGCGGAAUGGAGAUCUGCUCGAGUAUAACAAGAAGACCAGGAACUUGAGGGUGCGGAUGUUGGAUGGCACAGUGAAAACUUUGCUGGUGGACGACAGUCAGAUAGUGGCCAACCUGAUGGUCGUCAUCUGCACCAAGAUCGGCAUCACCAACUAUGACGAGUAUGGACUGGUCAGAGAAGAACAGAAAGAAGAAGCGGAUCCUUGCGAGAAGCCAAACUACGGAACCCUCACUCUGAAGAGACGCCACCAGGAAAAGGAACGGGACUCUAAAAUGGAUCAGCUGAGGAAAAAGCUGAGGACUGAUGAUGAGGUGAACUGGGUGGAGCCAUCAAAAACCCUUCGUGAGCAAGGAGUCGAGGCCACGGAAACCCUGCUCCUCAGGAGAAGAUUGUUCUUCUCAGACCGGAACGUGGACUCCAGAGACCCGGUGCAACUGAACCUGUUGUAUGUACAAGCGAGAGACGCCAUUCUUGCGGGCACUCACCCCAUCACACAGGACAAAGCAUGCGAGUUCGCGGGUAUUCAGUGUCAAAUCCAGUUCGGAGACCACAAGGAAGACAAACAUACUACAGGAUUUUUAGAUCUGAAGGAAUUCCUCCCAGCCUCAUACGUCAAAGUGAAAGGCAUAGAAAAGAAAGUAUUCAAAGAGCACCGCAAGCAUGCUGGUCUCAGCGAAUUGGAUGCCAAAGUAUUAUAUACCAAGAGUGCCAGAGACCUGAAGACCUAUGGUGUCGCGUUCUUCCUCGUUAAGGAAAAAAUGAAAGGCAAAAACAAGCUAGUGCCUCGUCUGCUGGGAGUCACCAAGGAUUCCGUGCUGCGCCUGGACGAGAAGACCAAGGAGAUCCUGCAGACCUGGCCCUUGACCACCGUGAGACGUUGGUGCGCCAGUCCCAACACUUUCACCCUGGACUUUGGGGAUUACAGCGAUCAAUACUACUCGGUGCAAACGACUGAAGCCGAGCAAAUCCUGCAAGUGAUCGCAGGUUAUAUCGACAUCAUUGUGCGCAAGCGCCGCGCGCGCGACCAUCUCGGCAUCGAGGGGGACGAGGGGUCCGCUAUGUUGGAGGACUCUGUGUCACCUUCCAAGGCCAACAUAAUCCAGCACGACACGCUGAAAGCCUCUGGUAAAGUCAACACUACCUCGGUCGCCAAACCGGCCGUCUUAAGACCGGGAGCUGAAGGUGCAAAGCCGUUCGCGGUUGGCCACGUGACGGGCGCACAACAGACAACCGUGUCCGGGCAGGUGCUAACCGGACACACGCCACCCGCUGCCACUCAGGUGCAGCAGACGAAGGUGACCUCCAUCUUGACGGAGCCCCAACGCGCACUCUUAUCCACUAUCACCAGUGGCAAGGAAAUUAUCAAGCAGACUGAAGAGGGGCUGACCAGGACCGCCCUGCCUGCUUUGGGCCAAGACGCUGGGUCCGUGAAAUGGAUGCGCGCCACAAUGGACAGCAGCAAGCAGGUCGUGACGUCACACAUCGCGGCCAUGAACGCUGCCACCGCGCAGGUCGUCACUCUCACUGCUGGUCCCACAGAGGAAGUGGACCACACGGCGGUAGGUGCAGCGAUCACUACCAUCACCACCAACCUGCCUGAGAUGACCAAGGGUGUCCAGAUGAUCGCGGCACUUAUGGACGACACCCAAAACGGAGAUCGUUUGCUCGACGCCACACGCAAGCUGUGUUCCGCAUUCUCGGAUCUGCUGAAGGCGGCCGAACCUGACACUAAGGAGCCGCGCCAGAAUCUCCUCAACGCAGCCUCAAGAGUCGGAGAAGCUUCCACCAGCGUCCUCCACACCAUCGGAGAAGAGACAGAAGAAGACAAGGAAACCCAGGACAAUCAAGAAUACGGAGCAGAUUUCGCUGAGCACACAGACAAAUAUGAAGACGACGGUAUAUAUGAAGAUAUAGAUACUAGUAAUUAUUUGGGUAAAAUGCUUGAUAUAAUUCAUGAAGAAACUGAUAGCGAGUACUAUAGAAGUGUAGAAUAUAGUAAUAAGGUAUUCAAGCGUCAAUUUAAUAAUACUGAUGGGUUAAAUAAUGCUAUAAUGGAAACUGACUUAAACCAAACUAACCAGGUAAACAAAAAUGCUUCUGAAACAGCAGAUUCAAGUAAUAAUGACUAUGAAGCGAUAUUAUUUAAUUGUGAAGGUUAUUUGGAAAAAGAUAAAAAUUUAGUUGAUAAAAGUAUUGCAGAAAAUAAAAAUUUAGAUAAAGAUUUGGAUGCAGGUGAUGCAAAUCCAAAAUUGUACCCUAAAACUAUUUCAGACAAGAUUUUCAAUUUCAAAAAAGAUUUCUCAAAUCACGAUUAUGUUAAUGUCAAUUUCAAAAAAGAUUUCUCUAACCACGACUAUGUUAACGUAAACUUUGAUGGGCAAAAUCUUGCAAAUAUUGACAAAUCCAAAAAUAAUUCAAAUUCAGAUACAGAUUUAAACCUAGACAGACGAACGAAAAACGAAAUUUUGAGACAACAAUUCUUCCAAUCGGGUAGCAAAAAUGACGUAAAUGAUAAAUUCAAUAGGUACGCCGACAAAAACGAUCUAUACGACAAAUUUAAUCGAUUGAACGACAAAAAAAUCGAAUGCCACAGCAUAAGAAACGAUGUCACCAAAACUGGCCCAGACGUAAAAGUAUCUGGUGCUUUAAACAUGAAACUGUUUAAUCUAGACAAAUACAACCGUGUUUUGACGACAACAGAAACUUUUAUGGAAAAAUCCGAAGCAAGUUUCACUAAAAACGAACUGAAUUUGAAAAGGGAUGAUUUCGAAACCUUCGUUAAAAGAAGCGAGAAAUAUUUUACUACAGAGCAUAGAGAGAGGGAGACAACUGUACAUUUAAACAAUGCUUCCAAACCACCUAAAGGCAAAACUGAGGUCAGAAUUGUUUAUAACCCAACUUUUUUAGCAACACAAGAAAAUAUUAAAGGUUUUUGCCAAUUUUGUAACAAAAGAUGCCCGCGUACUGAUCUAAAAUGUUGCCCGAAUUGUGACAUCCUCCUCUCACUGGCCAAGGCUGUGGCCAACACCACCGCGGCGUUGGUGCUGAAGGCCAAGAACGUGGCGUCCCAAUGCCGGGAUGAGCAGCCUCUGCAGAACAACAUCAUCGCUGCGGCAACGCAUUGCGCUCUGGCUACUAGCCAAUUGGUCGCUUGCGCUAAGGUGGUAGCACCAACCCUCCACAACCCAGCUUGUCGAGAACAGCUAACGAGCGCGGCGCGACAAGUCGCUCAAGCUGUUGAGAAGUUGGUAGCAGCUUGCAACCAGGCGCCUGAAUCUGCUGCCCAAGGUGUCGAACAGCUCACCAUAGCUGCUCAAAGAGUGUCUGAAGAGCUGGAACGACUUUUAGCUCAUUGUGACCUGGACCGUCGCGUCCAACCAACAGUUAUGGAGCAAUCGGUGGAAAGUGUGAUGUGUGCAUCAGAACGCGUGGCCGAUGCGCCUGAUGCUCCAGAGAUGGUGCGAAGAGCGAGACUGCUGGGGCAGGCAACUGCUAGACUCAUCGCUGACAUUAAGACGGAAGCAGAAAAGCAGCCAUCAGAAGCACAACGCAAGUUGUUGGCAGCGGCCAAGCUGUUAGCUGAUGCCACCGCCAGGAUGGUGGAGGCCGCGAGAUUAUGCGCUUCGCAACCACAGGAUCGGGACAAGCAAGAGGCGUUGCGUCGCGCGGCCGAGGAGCUCCGUUUCAUCACCGUGGAUUACGCGCAAGGGCAGGACAUUGUUGGAUCACAACUUGCCAGACUAUCCGAAAGCGCGCGCCAAGCGGCGUCCAGUGCCACGCAGUUGAUCACCUCAGCGCACAACGCGACACAGUACAACACAAACAAAUAUUCACAGGAAACGCUGUUAUCAGAAUGUGAAGUCCUGAAUGAGCAGAUUCCUCGGAUGGCGCAAGCGGCCAGAACUGCUCAGGCCAGACCGACUGAUCCAGCUGCUAACUUGGACCUCAUCACUGCUUCCGAGACCUUCCUGCAGCCAAGUGGUCACGUGGUGCAAGCGGCGCGCGGCGUGCUACCAACCGUCAACGACAUCACAGCGGCCAAACAGCUGGCGGAUACCACUCACCAGUUCACCACCAGCUGCGCGGAUCUAAGGUCUGCAGUGAGCCGCGCCAGGGUAUCCUGCAAGGGUGUGGAGUUGGACGCAGCAGCAGAAAUCAUCCGCAGCCUGCAAGCGGAGCUGGAUGAGGUGGAACAGGCUGCCAGGGACCUGGAGCUACGGCCUCUGCCGGGACAAACGGCGGAGUGGGCGUCAACGCGUCUGCAAAGCGCCCGCCGCAGCGCAGCAUCAGCGACCGCCCAGCUGGUCAGCAGCGCGCGCCGUCGCGAGAGCCCCGGGUGCUCCCGGGCGGCCGUCGACCUGGCGUCCGCGCUGAGGGACUUCGCCCCGCCACUGCGAGCCACAGUGGCGACCGCGCCGCAGCAGUACCAGACACGUGUGAUCAAGUCCGGUCGUCAAGUGUUGUACUCCUCUCUGACCCUGGUGGAGACGGUUAAGCAUCAGCUCGCCAACUCGGAAGAACCAGAUACAUCCAGAAUCAUGAGCUUGGCCAAGAAUAUUAGCGAGGGUAUGGAAGAAGCCAUUGGUGCCGUGCCAUCAUACGCAGAGCUGGAUGCAGCCAUUGAGAACAUCGGGCAAACCCUGGAUAUCCUGGAUAUGGGUGAAUUCCCCCACACUGACAAGACCUAUGGUGAACUGCAAACGGAACUAAACUCAGCAGCGGUGGUGCUGAGCAACGCAUCGUCCCAAGUCGUGGACAGCGUAGACACGGACAAGCUGCCCUCGUCCGCCGCAGACUUCCAAGCUUCUUUCGAGAGACUCGUGGCCGUUUGCCUGGAGAUGGCCGGACACGCUGAGGAAAGUGAAAGUCGCAUGCAGAUGGUCAGCUCUCUGAAGACGGUCACAGUCAACUCUUCCAAGCUGCUGAGCACCGCCAAAUCCGUAAGCCAGGACCUGACUCGUCCAAAUGCUAAGAACCAACUGGCGGCUGCAGCGCGCGCGGUCACCGAAAGCAUCAAUCAUUUGGUGGAUGUUUGCACUGAAGCGGCUCCAGGACAAAAAGAAUGUGCUGCAGCAAUCCGCAACAUGGAAAGCAGCAGACCUUUGCUGUCAGCACCCACUCAGCCAAUUAGCGAGCUGGGAUAUUUCGCCUGCCUGGAUGCUGUAGUCGACCAGAGCAAGUUGCUGAGCGAGGGAAUGUCAGGCAUGGCCAGUGCGGUCAAGAAGUCAGAAACGGAUAAGUUCUCAAGAAGCGUGGCAACCGUAGCCACUGCUGUGCAAGGAUUAGUGGAAUGCACUGCACAGGCUGCAUAUUUGGUGGCUGUAUCAGAUGAGACUAGCGUAGCAGGACGAGCUGGUUUGGUGGACCAGGCGCAGUUCGCCCGCGCCGCUGCGGCCAUAGACCAUGCCUGUCGUACCUUGUGUGACCCGAACACUGAUCAACAUCAAGUACUGUCAGCAGCAACAGUAGUAGCGAAGCACACUAGCGCCCUCUGCAACGCUUGCCGCGCCGCGUCCGGCCGUUGUGCAGAACCACAGAGCAAACGUCACUUCGUACAAGCCGCCAAGGAUGUUGCCAACUGUACAGCUGCACUCGUUAAAGAUAUCAAAGCUCUGGACGCCGAUUACUGUGACGCAAAUCGUGCGAAGUGCGCAGCAGCCACUGCUCCUUUACAAGAAGCGGUGCGAAGUUUGCGCCAAUUUGCGGACAGUCCAGAAUUUGCGGCCGUACCUGCCAAGAUAUCCCCUCAAGCAAGGGAUAACCAAGAGGCUAUUCUGCACUGUGGCAGGAACAUAAUAACGGAAUCUUGCUCGAUGGUGGAAGCGGCACGCGCCCUGGCACUGAGCGGCACGGAGCGCGCUCACUGGCACGCGCUGGCACAUCACAGCAAGGCUGUGUCUGACACCAUCAAGUCUCUGGUGGCCAAUAUACGAGAGAAGGCUCCGGGUCAACGCGAAUGCGCCGCGGCGCUGGAGACCCUCAACAAACAGCUGCGGGAGCUGGACCAGAUCAGCUUGCAGGCGGUCGGGCAAGAGCUGCAGCCGCGGCAGGCCAACACACUGCAAGGUUACUCGGAGCAGAUGGAAAACAGCGCAGCGGAAAUGGUGGAAAGAUUGGAACCUUUACGCGUGGCCGCGAGGAGCGAGGCGGAGAACUUGGGGCACGCUGUGGUACAUUUGAUAUCGUACGCCGAGCCGCUGGUGACGGGCGCGGCGGGCGCGGCGUCCAACAUGACGGACUCGCAAGCGCAAGCGGCGCUGUUGCAGCACACCAGGACCGUGCUCGAGACACUUACUCUGCUGCUGCACGCCGCCAAACAAGCCGCCGGCAACCCUAGAGCGACAACAGCUCACGGCGAGGUGGACGCUCAGACGUCGCUCGCCAGAUCCGCGCUGAGCGAGCUGAGCGCUCAUGUUCGCGAGCUGAGCACUCAGCGCGGAGCCGUCGGACCCAUGCUGGAGAGCGUCGCUAGAGCCGUGGCGCGACUGACUGAGCAUAGAAUGUCGCUGAUCGGUUCAUAUGAUGAAACGGAUUCGUUCGUGGACUACCAGACAAGGAUGGUGGGCGCUGCGAAGGAGAUCGCUCGGCUUGCUACUGAUAUGACGGCCAAAGCUGCGACAGAACCAACUCGCCUGGUGGAAGUUGGGAAUGAGAUGUGCGGCAAGUAUGAACGAUUAGCCGCCGAUAGUGUUGGCGCUUCCGCCACCACGCCCAACGGUGACAUCGCCAACAGGAUUCGCCUGGCGGCGGUGGAGCUGGGCGAGGCGGUGUCGGAGCUGGUGCGCGCGGGCGGACACUGCAGGGUCUCCGCCAUUGCGCAGAACCAGAAGGCUGUUGCGGAUUCCGCCAGGAAAGUUAACGAAAAGGUGGUGAGCGUGCUGAGCGCGUUGCAGGCCGGCUCCCGCGGCACGCAGGCGUGUAUCGACGCGGCGGCCACCAUCGCCACCAUUCUGGGAGAUCUGGACACCACCAUACUGUUCGCUAGCGCUGGUACAUUGCAGUCCGAUAAAGAAGGCGACACAUUCUCAAAUCAUCGCGAGAACAUCCUCAAAACUGCCAAAACCUUGGUGGAAGACACCAAGACCCUGGUCGGAGGAGCGGCUGGAAGCCAGGAGCAAUUGGCCGCUGCGGCUCAAAGCGCUGUAUCUACCAUAGUGCAACUAUGCGAAGUGGUCAAACAAGGUGCCACCUCGCUGAGCGGGGCAGAGCCGCAAGUGCUGGUGCUGCACGCGGCCAGGGACGCGGCGGCGGCGCUGCGCGACCUGGCGGCGGCCACCGCUGCGGCGAGCGGCAAGAGCGUGGCGCACCCGGAUAUGCAUGCCCUCAAACAUGCUGCCAAGCGCCUCUCAGACCCGAAGAGAUGGAGCCUCCCCAUCAAAACUAACACAGUUCCCCGGAGCAAGCGACGUUCCAUAAACAUCAGAGAUUACAACUCUUGUGACUCUGAAACGGAUAUAUUCCAAUCCGAUCAGGAAGAUGAACUUAUAAAGCUCUUAGACUAUUCGAGUCAUGACGAUGAUGUAUCCCCGACGAUAUUCCACGACAGCUGCGAGGAACUAAUCGCUUAUAUCGAAAGCAAAAUGGUUAAACCACCAGCUAGAUUCAUUAACGAUGACGUGAACACAAGGUACAAUCUUGCAUCAAGAAAUAGUUUAUUCGACAUGGAUUGGCGAGUAGUCAAAUAUGGUGAAAACAUAUUUUUAUCCGAACUGAAGAAACUAGUUGAUUUAUUCAUAAGCUGCACUGAUAAAGAUGAAAAUAGAAAGCGGAGACACGCGCAAGAGAAAGUUAAAGCUAGCUCCGAUCUUGAUAGUGAAAUGAAAAGGCUGUCACAAGUCAUGGACGAUUUGGAUUGGCAAGACGUGGUGAAUGAGAACAUUAAAACUACUAUAACUACUACGGUUAUCGAAAAGACUCCUAAGACAACUAAAUUUGAAAAGCCGAAGUUAAAAAGUCCUGUAUUCAAAGUUAAAAAAGUUAAACCAAUAAAUUUAGUUGUCAAUUUAGAAACGAAAAACUCAGAUUCAAGCGAAGUUUUGAAAUCGCCACCACAAGAACCUAAGAAAGAAGUUGUUCCACUAAAAAGAGAUGUAACACCACUGAAAGAUGAUAAAAUUGAUACAAUGAAUGUAGAAAUAAAUAAAAUGGAGUUUUGGAAUAUGUUCAAAGACGAUACAGUAUGGUGGAAGGCUUUGGCUAAGAGGAAUUUGGAAAAAAUGGAAGAAACCAGACGUGAAUUGGAACGUUUCAGUGGCCAUGAACUAGUUUUAGGAGAAAUCAGGUCGGAAAUGGAUAAAUACGAAAAAGAGAAACAGACUUUACAAAGUUUCAUCGAAGAAGUAGAUAAAUCGAAAGAUUUAGAAUACGAUAAAAAGUAUGAAGAUAUGGUUCUAAAACUGAUUGAAUUUGCCAAAAAAGAUUUCAUUUACAAAGGUUUCGAUCCAUUGAUUGAAAAAUUGAAACUUCUCUCUAAUAUCCAAAUAGAAGGUCGAAAGAAAAGAGUAGUUAACAUCGAAGAUAUUGUAAACGUUUACACCCAAAUCGACAUAUCCAAAUAUACAUAUGAAGAACUGUGUUUAUUGGAAAAGUAUUAUCAAGAAAUUAUUAGGAAAUAUAAAACAGAAUCGCGUGAAAAAGAAAAUAUGGCACCAGUCGAAUAUAUUGAUAGAGAAAAGGACAAUAGAUCCGCCCCACCAUCAUACCAUAGAAACGUUAUUCUAAACGUGAAUUCGCAACACAAUCUAACUAAAAACGUUAAUCAUUACAGCACUAUGAAUGUAAGUAACAGUCGCAGCUUGAAAAGAACUAAAAAUAUCCAUCGCAAAUCACAGAAUAAUCUAGAAAUUUUUGAUUUAACACGAACUUAUCCUAUGCAGUACUAUGCGAACAAUUGGUGGACAAUUUACGAAGACAUUCUAAAGACUAGAGAACAGCAAUUUGGUACUAUAGAUAAUUGGUGGAAUUUCUAUGAAAAUAUAUUAAAUAGGAAAGAUAUAAGCGACGAAGAGUUGAAAAGGAUCAGAGCUGUCGUGGAACAUAGAAUGAAGAGAUCAAGACCUAAUAGUCGACUAGAGGAGCAAUUAAAAAUGUUAGACGAAGUCAAGAAUGCAAGGUUCCAAGAGAGUGAGGAUGUGGCAACAAGCGGCAAUGAAUCGGUGAUGGUGACGAACGUGACGUCACUGCUGAAAACUGUCAAAGCUGUGGAGGACGAGCACACGCGCGGCACCAGGGCGCUGGAGUCCACCAUCGAGGCCAUCUCGCAGGAGAUUGAGGUCCUGAUGUCACCAGCGACACCAAAGUCCACGGCAUCAGUGGAAGAACUCAUGCGCUGCACCAGGCUCAUGACUGCUGCGACUGCUCGAGCAGUGGCAGCCUCCGGGCAGGACCAGCUCACUGCUGCUGCCAACCUUGGCAGGAGGACUGUCCUGGAUAUGCUGGCUGCAGCCAAGGGUGCAGCCCAUUCCGCAGAAACAGAAGAACUGAAGAUCAGAACUCUGGAGACUACUAGAGCGGCAGCGGAGGCCUACCGGUCCCUGUUAGCAGCCCUACUCAACGCGCCGGCCUCUAGGAAUCAACUUCCAGAGCUUUCUAGAAGAGUGGCGCAAGCUGUGGCUGAUAUGUUGGCGGUGGCUGAAUUGCUUAAAGGUUCGGAGUGGGUGGAUCCCGCGGAUCCCACGGUGAUCGCUGAGCAAGAGCUUCUAGGGGCUGCGGCCUCCAUCGAUGCCGCGGCACGGAAGCUGGACGCCCUGCGCCCACGCGUGGUCAAAACUCAGGAGACGGAUGAGAACAUGAACUUCGACGAGAUGAUCUUGGAAGCUGCGAAGUCGAUCAUAGCGGCCACGUCCGCUCUCGUCCGGGCUGCCUCCGCGGCUCAGAGGGAGCUUAUCGACCAGGGUAAAGUGGCCCGUCGUCCCACCUCAUCAUCAGAUGAUGGUCAAUGGUCCGAGGGUCUAGUCUCGGCAGCCAGGCUGGUGGCUGCAGCAGCUCACGCAUUGGUGGAGGCUGCUAAUGCAUUGGUCCAGGGUGCAGCAUCUGAAGAGAGGCUGAUCUCCAGCGCGAGACAAGUGGCUUCCAGUACCGCUCAGCUGCUGGUGGCUUGCAAGGUGAAAGCAGACCCAAGUUCCGAGUCCACUAGACGACUCCAAGCGGCCGGGGCUGAAGUCAUCAGAUCCACGGACAACCUGGUCCGAGCAGCCCGCGAUGCAAUCCACUGUGAUGACGAGCGAAGCCUGGUCCUCAAUCGACGCAUGGUGGGCGGAAUUGCCCAAGAGAUUGAUGCUAGAUCUGAAGUCCUCCGCAUAGAGAAGGAGCUAGAGGAAGCUCGCGGCAGACUGACGGCUAUCCGGCAAGCGAAGUACAAGCUCCGGGACACGUCCGGCGCUUCCGGGGACGAGACGGACACUGACCAUCCGGGAUACUCCAGCGAUGCCUCCCACACACCCACACCACAUAGGUUCAAACCGCCCACAAGCAGUUUCGCCAACACAACCUACAGCCCGAACAGCACAUUCAACACAACACAAAACACACACACAACACACAGCACGACACAAAACGUCUCGCACAACGUCUCGAAUCUAUCCCAAUCCAUCCACGGACCGCCAACAUCACCGGGAUACAAUCAGAAUGGAUACAGCCGGGAUGAAAAGAUCCAGAGUCCAUCCUUCUCGAGUUUUCGACCUUUGGAUGAGACCCCCAAACAGAGUUAUGAGGGGUUCACGACACGGACUAGCACUAGCAUGGAGGAAACGGUUGUCGUCAAGUCGUUGCAACUGCCGGCAGUGCGCACGGCUUACUUGGUAACGGAGGAGGGGGAACGGGAGAGGAUAUGGUACCGCCGCCAGCGCCCGCCGCCGCCGCCCCCGAGGAGGAUAUCGCUGCUUAACUAUGAAACCCGGUUAUACGAUACUCCGAGACCCACCAACGAAUUCUACACGCAAUCCUCGAAGACGGAUGAACAGCGUCAUUUCGAAUCAUCCAACCAGUUCUAUAAAGACCAGAAGUACGGUUACGACGCACCAAAAGUACCACCAAUGAGUCCUAAAUUCAAUGCCCGCGACUUGAAAUUCGAUGACACCCCUGAACCAAUUUAUUCUACCCUUAAAAAACCUUUUGAUGGCGUUGGGCAGACCUUUACCGAGCACCAAAAGUCAACUGAAGCGAUCCCAGGUGGCACAAAACAGUCCGAAUUCACAAUCAAAAGCGAAUCGUAUCAAUCGUAUCCAAAAACGGAGUUUUUCAAAACGGAAACCAGACAAGAAACGAAAUCCCCCUUUGCUACAUCCACCCCAGCUAAAAGUCAAACUGUGGACUAUUCUAAGACAGCCAAAACAGAUUUUAUGGAUUACUCCAAAACAGCCAAAACCGAUUUUAUGGACUACUCCAAAACAGCCAAAACUGAUUUUGUGGAUUACUCCAAAAACGCCAAAACAGAUUUUGCAGAUUACUCCAAGACAGCCAAAACAGAUUUUGUUGACUAUUCCAAAAACAUGGAUAUGGUGAAAGCGGUAACACCAGAAUAUGAAAGGAUUUCGUCCCCAUAUGGAAAAGACGUCCAUAGCUUCGGCGGACCGAACUUCUUCGAAGAAACCACUACAGAAGUAAAAGAAAUACCGAACGGUACUCAAAAAAUAACCAAAACAACCAUCUAUAGCUCUUCACCGGUUAAUUUGACGACUACCAACACGAAAUACGAACCGAUUAAGCUCGAAGGGAUCGAUGAAUUAUCGAAAUUCGAUAACGAUUCGCGUUACAGCACUUUGGACUCUCGGUUCAACACAUUAGAGUCGAAAUUGAGUUCGGAUACAAGUCGAUCGUUCAUGCGGCCUUCCGAUUUCCAAACAUCCGAUUACCAAGCGACCUCCAGUGUAACCAAAGUGAAGAAACCGUCGGAUUUGGUGAAGGAAAUCGAUUCGAUGGACAAAAGGUUCUCGAAAAAAUCGGUCACAUCCGAAAUUAUCGAGAAGAAAUCGGUUAUGACUAGUUCACACAAAUCGGAAAGCAGUUCCACCGUGACUAAGAAGUUUGGGAACCUCUAAAGCAUAGUGACAACGACCGAAAUCUCGUCACCGUCUCGACAGAUUAUAAUAUAAGAAGAGAUAUUUUUAUUUGACUGUUUUAAUCAGGGCUCUUUUUAUUUUUUUGACAUUUGCUAAUUUUCAUAAUAUUAUUACAUUUAUUAUUUAAAAGAGCCCUUUUUAAAACUAGUUUUAAAUUAUGAAGUACAUUUAUUUUUAAGACGAAAGGUGCCUUAAAAUUGCAGUUUAUUUUUACAAAUAUUUAUUAAAUUAAAAUAUAUAAUUUUUCAAAGUAGUUUUAGAAUAGCGAUGCCCGCGUAAGCGAAACGUCCACUGAAGGUAAUGAAACACCAAUUUAUUAGAUUAUUACUAUACAGUAGAGAUUUAGAUUAUACAUUAUUAGAAAACUAAGAAUGAAAACCGUAAAAAUCCAAAAAGUAUACAAUAAUUCUAUCAACUCUUUAGAGAAAGCAGUGCAACUAACAGAAAAAAAAGAUCUUUUUUUGUAAAAAAGAUACAAUUUUUUCUGUAUUUUGAGCCUUAUCUUGUGGAAUAUUUAAUUUGUUUCAAGCAAGCUAGAAUAUAAUUUAUUUGACAUAGUUUUUUCUAUAUUUAUUUUAAGAUAUUUUAUUAAAUUAAAUAACAUUUUGGCAGUUUUUUACUCUAAUAUCUUAAAUUGAAUACUGUAUUAAACAUUUUCUUUUUAUCUGUAUCGUGAAAUUUCGUUUUAAAGAAAAUGUAUAGUAUUUGUAUAAUGUAUACUAUGUUGGUAUAAUUAUAUAACGCAGUAUAUUUGUAUUUGCUUAAGAAAUAUAUAAUUGUGUAUUGUAGUGUAUAACUGGAAGAACAUGUGUAUCUUUUUAAUAUUUAAUUAACUGUAUUUUACCUGAAUAGUAAAUAUGGCUCGAUUUUAAUAUGUAAACUUGACAUGUCAAAUUCAAUAUGCAUUUGACAACAUAUAUUUUAUUAUUGACAUUAGUGUAUAAAGAAUUCAAUUGUUAGUUUUUUUAAUUUUCUUCAAUGACGAAUUGUACCUAAUGAAUUUGAUUUACGAACAAAUAUUCGCAUAUUUCUUGACUUAUUAAACCUUACAAUUAUUUAAAAUAAUUAUUUACAUAACGUUUAUUCUCAGUCUAAAUGUAGAAGCCAAAUGAAUUUUUACUAAUUUUUUUUGUAAUAAUGUAAUCUGUUUGAAUUAUUUUUUGGACUAAAAUUAUUACCUAUAUUGAAUUGUUAAUAUUAUUUAGAGAUUUUAUUCUUGGGCCUUUGCUAAUUAAAAUUACACGGAAUAUACAUGUACGGCUGAAGUAAAACUGAUUAAGGUGUGUAAAUUUUAUUAGCAAAAGCCCUGGUGUAUAAUGUAUAAUUAUACAAUUUAUGUAUAACGCCGGCAGCUGGCUUGUAUUAAGCUGGGGCAGUGUAUAACUUACAUCGAUGUAAUAAACUGUAACUAAUUA